CAUUAUCGAGCAGAGUUUUGUGUAGAUUUUUAAGUUGAAAGAAGCACAUCUAACCUUGUGUAAUAUUACCGUCUUCGGGAUUUUGUUUCAGCAGCCAUUUUCACAGGGACAUUUUUCGUCUUAAAAUUUGUCGUGGAUGGUUAAGUAAAAGAGAGACUGGAAUAUACAGUCCUGUAGAAUAACGCUUACAAUGAGGGUGGCGAGUCCUCCCAACGUAAUUGUGAAAGGCUCUAACAGGAAAAUACAGGGCAGCAUGAAGCGUUUUUGGUAGGAUUCCAAGUAAUUCCCCAGCACAAACCGGAAUGCGAAUAUUGUGUCUCAUCUAUAGACAGCAGCGGCUGGGAACUGAAGUGCUGGGGACCCACCUAUUACCUGCUGCAGAACUAUUAAUACCAUUCGCUUUAAAACCAAAAGUGGAACUCGUCACGGCGUUUUGUGGGCGGAGGGUGGGAUCCUCUCAGCACAGCGUCUCCAGUCACCCAGAGCAACAACACUCUCAGAAGUUGACUGUUCCGAUCUUCUUUGGGCUUUCUGACAUGGCGACAGUGGACACAACUCCUGAGCUGUCCUGGUUUCUCCCCACCUACAAAUGUCUACUCAUAAAAAAAGCACCUUUCCUUCUCUCUUGGAUGCAUACCUUCCACCUCAACACAAGAAACAGUAUGGCAGAGGUGAAAAGAGCAGACUUCAAAAGGCUGGCAAGCCAGGUAAGCUUGGGAAAACGUGACUCGUUGAAUGAGGAUGAAGAAGACCUGAAAAUAAAAGCAAUGAAGAAGGCCCUGCAGGAACAGCGCCAUCUGGAGGUUUACAAGAAUGUGUACAAGUUGUGUAAUGUCAUGCGUUUACAAUACAUGGACCUACUAAACAAGAAAGUUCAACAGCAACGCCAUGUAAUUAAACAGCGAGACCUUCUGUUCCAGCGUAAUACAGACGAGCAGGAGAAGAGGCAGAAUACUUCGAGGCAGAUAUUUGGUCAGCAGUCAGAAUGCGCCCAGCUCUACCAUGAAAUUAAAUACCUCAAGUCCAUUCCAAAGUCACAUUUUUACAUGAUUGUAGAGCUGCAGGACCAACUGGCCAAGAAUGGAAUUUUGAAAAACCAAGGAGAUUAUGAAGAAUUCUGGCGCCUCUUAAAACAAACGCCACGUGCUUCACCGUUUGAAGCAAAACUUCAGGACAUAAAGCUAAAAAUGAAUAGGUCACCACCUUGUGUCAACAAGAGACUCGGACAAGAUCUAGCAAGAAAUCCAUGUGUAGCAAGAAAGACAAAGAAUCAUACCCCAGCUGCUGGGCUUCCAGGAUUAUCCAGCUUCCAGCACAUAAAUUAUCUCGUGAGCAAACAAAGGAAAGUGCAGGAAGAAACUGAGCAAAUGUUUCCCAAGAUGAAAACCCUUAAAAUGGCGCAGGAGAAUCCUCACCACAUCGAAGUGCAUCUUGACAAGCUAUACCAGAUGUAUAGGCGCUCUUUUGCUAACAUGGUGGAAGCCCAACGACUGCUGGAGAGAAGUGGCCACUUCAUGGAAUUUGAAGAGCCCAGCAUUCAAGAUUUUGUAUUUUGUCAAGAGGCUGUUGGAACGGAAAAGGUUACCCAAAGCGAAACAAGAAGGAUUGACCCUUUCCUAACCCUCAACGCUGCUCACCUGUGUGAGGAACCAAAUUCAACGUAUGUUGAAGUGUCUGAAAAACAGGAUGAAAUUUCUGGAGGAAUGAAUGCUGAAGCUGCAAACCAUGAACUCAAUGAGCAAAGCCAGAGCCAUGUUCCUCCAGAUUCUAUGAAUGUUUAUGUGCCUUUGAAUAUUGAAGACAUUCUUUCGAACAACUAUAUUUUGGAAGCCAAACGUCCCAGCAGUCUUUGGAUAAACUAUGCAAACAAAGAAAUAUCAGAGAAGCCAACGGGUCAGAACAGACUCUCAGCACAGAAGAUUGCUUAAGAACAGCAGCAAUUAUUUUGAUGAUCAAACAAGAUAGAAAAAUAUUCAACCAGAUAUUUUCUAAGCCAUGCAUUAUGCUCACUGAGUUGAAG